GUAAAACACGUGUCAAAACAAAUUAUUUUAAAUUAAAAGUUGAAUUCAAGUAGAAAUGAGUUGUGAAUCAACUAAUGAGACAAAAGAUGUCUUUUCUUAUACGAGAAGAGAUGAGUUCACUUCAGAGACACUCAAGAUUGAGAUCAGAAAUCUGCCCAAACAUGUGGGAUAUGACACUUUGAAGAAACUGUUGAAAAGACUAGAUUUAAAGCCAUUGAAAAUAAAGCUCAUCGGAAGAGCCGGUUCUCCCACUCAUUCAUUCGUCACAUUCAGGACCAGUGAAGACAGAGAGCAGGCCAUCAACCAAUUGGAUCAAUACUUAUGGAAACAGAAUGUAUUGGUUGUGAAGACAGCGAAUCCAAUUCCCGACCCUUUGGUUGAGAAGCGAAAUGAGCGCAGAAGUGAAGACAAUUGCGAUUCAAAGAGAAUCAAGACAUUGGAAGGCAAUGAAGUGUCAGCGGAACAGUUAGCCGACACACUCAACGACAAGAUUGCAUCGCUUUGGCGAAUGUCUUAUUCCCAGCAAUUAGUCGUCAAAUAUGAUAUUUUGAAAGCAUUUUUGUUGAGUCUUAACAAAGAAUUGGCUAAAAUUGUUAGUCAAUCGAGUGAACAAUCCUCUCAAUUGAGUCUAUGGCUCACAAGAGCUGCUAAAGAGUUUGACAACAAGUGUUGUCCUCUUCAGGAUAUUAGAGUCUCAACUCUUAUCAAUGGAUAUCGAAAUAAAUGUGAGUUUACUAUCGGUAUCGACAAAACCGUUGGCUUUCGGUUAGGCCUGUAUAAGGAAGGAACUGUUAAAGUGAUUUCGCCUCCAAUUAAUUGUCCCAUAAUUGGUGAUCAAAUGAGGAAUGCUUUGAAUGCCAUUCAAACGUAUGUAACCUCGAAGAGUACUCUUCAUGGUUUUGAUCCGGAAACACAUUCAGGACAUUGGAUUCAGUCUACUGUUAGAACUUCGAGCACCGGCUCUAUGGUUAUUAUGGCUCUUAAUCCUCAACAACUGACUCCUGAAGAAAUAAAUAGAGAAAAAACACAAAUAAUCGAUUUCUUCCAAUCAAAUCCUGAUUUUGGCGUUCAUUCCGUAUUCAUUCACAUCUCUUCUAAAAGACAUGAGAUAUCCAAUGAAUGUAUAGAUCAUCUGUUCGGUGAAUCCACUAUUUCAGAGACAAUCAAUUUAGAGCCAACUCUUACCUUCCGAAUCAGUCCAUUGGCUUUCUUUCAAAUCAACACAUUAGGGGCUGAGUUAUGUUAUAAAGCAAUCUGUGAUUUAAUUGAACCAAAUGCUCAGCUAAUCCUUAUUGAUAUAUGUUGUGGAACCGGAACCAUAGGUUUGUCAUUAGCGUCAAAAGUAAAGAAAGUGUUUGGUAUUGAAUUGAAUGCCGACGCUAUCCGUGACGCCAAAUUCAACGCACAAUUGAAUGCUAUUUCUAAUGUCGAGUUUAUUGAAGGAAAGGCUGAAUCCAUGAUCGCAAGUGUAUUGCAAUCUUGUGGCCAUUCGCCAGUUGUGGCUGUUGUAGACCCGCCCAGAGCUGGACUUAAUAACUCCAUUAUACGAGCCCUCAGAAGCCAUCCGUUGCUCAAGCGAUUGGUUUAUGUUUCAUGUGAACCAAACAAAGCCAUUAAGAAUUUAAUUGAUCUAUGUCGUCCGCCAUCCAAGACAUACAAAGGACAGCCGUUUGUGCCCAUUCAAGCCAUACCUGUCGAUCUCUUUCCCCACACAAAUCGUUGUGAAUUACUUCUCUUAUUCGAGAGACUGGAGACUAAUUUUGUUGAUUUCAUGUCUUAACUAAUUAAUAGAAAGUUGUAUUCUAACAGUUAAUGAUAUAUCAAUUAAAUAUAUCAACAU